UAUGCAGAUCAUGUGAUGAGAAUGCUGCCUUUGGUUUGCUGUUGAACAUGGAUGCUGGUCAAAAAGUCUCAUAAAGUUUACCACAGCUGAAAAAGAGCAUAGUCUACAUGGUUACACUUACAGCCUUGAUGAACUGUAAUUGAGAAAAUCCCAUCAAACUCUUGGUAGACAGAUAGGAAAGCCUGGGUCGAGGUGACAAGGACCAGUGAAAGAAAGUUAUACUCGGUAAACCUUAUUACAUCUGGCUUUUUGGAUGUCAUUUCUUCAACAAACAUCAUCCACUUAAAAAGUGACUAUGGAAUACGAGCCUGAAGAAAGGCGCCCUCUCAUAAGGACCAUCUCGGAAGAUGGAGUAUUUGACUCCCCUCAGACUCCUGUCUACUACGAAAUCUCUAGUAAAAAGCGAAGGGUGGCGUGUUUCAUCAUCUUGCUCACGGAAAUGCUCGAGAGACUUGCCUACUAUGGCAUCACUUCAAACCUCAUCCUCUUCCUCAAUCUAGAACCCUAUAACUGGUUGUCUUACAAUGCAAUGCACGUCUUUUUUGCCUUCACGUCCGUUUCGUACAUAUUUUCAGUCAUUGGGGGAUUGAUUGCGGACACCUACCUGGGUCGCUUCAAGACAAUUUUUAUCAGCCUUGUCAUCUAUGUCAUCGGUGGUGUAUUUUUCGUGCUCAUGGGCUAUGCCACACUCGAUCAAGAUUUUAUGUGUGAUUUUUGUGAUGAACAUGAUGUAGUAAAUGCUUCGAGGACUGACCCCACAGGACACAAAAUUGAACCUGCACCUGCCAAAUCUCCAGUGACUUGUCUUGGACCGUUGUUGGUAGCCACUCUCUUGACGGCGAUUGGAGGCGGGUCGGUUCGAGCGAACCUCUCACCGUUUGGGGCAGAACAGGUAAAGCAUGAGGGCCCAGAUAUGAUCAGGACCUUCUUUAACUGGUUUUACUGGUCCAUCAAUAUUGGUUCUUGCAUAGCAUUUGGAGCUGUGGCCUUUGUGCAACAAAAUAUAAGUUUCUUUUACGGAUACAUCAUAGUGUGUGUGGCCGUGGUUCUCUCAUUGAUGGUCUUCACCUGCGGACGAUGUAUGUUCCUGACCAAAGAACCUACCGGCAGUGUGCUCCCAAACACCUUCAAGAUCAUCACCCAGGCGUUCAGGAGACGCAAGAUGAGGAAAGAACUGAGUAUCACAAGAACAAGUCACAUGCUGUCAUCCUGUCCCAAGGUGACUUUCCUUGACAUGGCUAAGAAGCGAUAUGGAGGAAGUUUCCAUGAUUCAAUGGUAGAGGAUGUUAAGAGUCUCAAGAAAGUCAUCGGCGUCUUCCUUGUUCUUGUUCCGUACUGGAUGGUUUACUUUCAGAUGCAGAGUACAUUUGUACUCCAAGGUCUGCAUAUGAGGUUUAUGAUACCAAAACACAACAGUACAGAGCCCUCUCCAUUCAAUUUUCCUGUAGCGUGGCUCAGCCUCUUUGACGUUGUGGUGGUGAUCCUCCUCCUGCCCAUCCUUGAUCGAUGCAUCUACCCUCGCCUGAUCCGGAGGGGAUACAACAUCUCCCUCUUCUAUCGCAUCCUCUUCGGAAUGAUCUUCAGCAUGCUGUCCGUGCUGACUGCCGGAGGGUUGGAGCUGGCACGGAAGCACUGUGUGAACGACGUGCCGAACUGCACCUUGAACGAGACGAUGCCGAACACUCAGGACAGCUACAAUGCAGCAGACAUGUGGAUCUUCUACCAGAUUCCUCAGUAUAUACUCAUUGGGAUUAGUGAAGUACUGGCCAGUGUAGCAGGUUUGGAAUUUGCCUAUUCCCAUGCACCUAAAUCCAUGCAAGGUCUUAUCAUGGGUCUGUUCUGCCUGUCCAACGGUAUCGGAUCCCUGUGUGGCAGCGCUCUGGUGGCUCUACUGUCUAUUCCCAAAAUAGGAUGGUUCAACCCAGAGGACCGUGGCAACAUCAACGAUGGGGACCUUGCCUACUAUUUCUUCAUGCUUGCCGGAAUUCAGCUCAUAGCCACGGUGAUCUUCUUCAUUUACAACCACGGUAAGGUCUUGAAUAGCCACCCCGGCCAGCAGUCAGGACCCAACAGCCUGAAAUCAUCGGCUAGAACAAUCCAUGUGCAGCGGAAAAAUUCCACAUCUGGAUCGGGGGAAUGACGAAAGUUGUUGGAAGGGAGAGAAACCUUUGCGCGUGAAUGGCCGCAAGUGACCAUGUGAUCAGUGGUUAGUGUUUUGUGACCCAUUGUGAUACAGUCAAACUUGCUUUUAGUGACCACAUAUAGGGAAUGACCACAAGACCGCAAGUUGGUGUCCCUUGAAUUGUAACUCCCAGUGUGCAAGAGGACGACCUACUCUUGAAGACCGCUUUUCUUGUCUGUCUAGGGCAGUAUUUAUACAUACAGGUAUGCUUCCACAGGAGAUUUUGAUGAGAAGUUAAAGCAAUAUUCAUGUUGAUAUGAUGGAGAGAGCUUGAAGUUCUUCAGGCCGAGCACAUGAUAACAGAUCUUGAGAUGACCAUUGUGCGUGUCCCUACUGGACUAUCGUUUCUUCUUCAGGAUAAGACCACUUGUAGGGGUUCUUGAAGGUGAUUGAAUUCAUUCUUGAGAGCUAAGUGUCUACAAAGCUGCAGACUUUGUUGUGGAAAUUGCAUUUCAUGUGGCUCUGCUAAUUGGAUUUAAGACAUUUUGAGAUGUGAAAAAUGAAGAAGAGAGAGGAAGAGAGGGAGAGAGAAAGGGGGAAGGGCUGGAGAAGGAGAGAGAGAUGCGUGAGAUGGGUUUAUAAUACACCGAGAAGUGACAUAAUUAUGUAACAACUAUGAAGAUAGAUAUUAUAAAUAAGCAUGAUAUAUAAAAUAAAAAGAGGGUAUGAAUUUUAAUUCCCCUUAUAUAUUUGAUAAAUCAUUUACAUUCCAGAAUGAUUAUGCAAGAGUAAUAUGCAUGGCACACAAUGCACAUUGUACAAAAAUCUAAGUAGUGUUUUACAUUAUCUUUAAAUAUGUUUUUGUACAUGUUUGUUGCAUGUGUGAUAUAUUUGAUGGAACGUGAUCCUUUCACAAAUGUCUGUAAAGUGAGUGAUUCCUGACUUGACGCAUGGAUGGUGACCUUUUCUAUACUAAAUAAUACAUCCCUACAGUAUGUACUUAAUUGAGCACUAUGUCAGGCAUAAAGUUAGGCGUAACUUUAGGAACAACUUUAUGAAACGCCACCCAUGUUAAGUCCACCUCGCCACAAGAGGCAUAAAAUCUUAAGCAAUGUUUUAUAAUAAUUAAGCAAGAAUUGCCUCUUCAAUAAACUCUUCCAUGGAACUACUUCUUACUUACUUUAAUACCUACUUACUUACUUACUUACUUUUUUUUUUCUUUCUUUCCCACUUACCAAUUACUUACUCACUCACUCAAUACUUAUUGGUUGUUGAGACUUGAAGCAUAAAGCUUAUGAGCCCAUCUUGACAAUUACUAUGCUAUUUUUAUAGAUAAUGGGAAUAUUUUGAGACGAUGGUGAUGGUGCCAAUGCUUUUCAACUGAAACCAUGAACCAAAGCAAUUUCUUAUUCUUGUACAUGAAAAUCAUAUACAAACUUAUAUGUAAAUUGGUGCCUAAUAUUACUGUUGAGCUAUUAUAUGCAGAUAAUUGCAUUAUAGAUUUUAUACUUUUAUUCUAUCCUUUUCGGUGCACUUAUAAAUUCCUUAGUUAUAAUACAUGUAUGUUUUGUAUAUUGUUACAAGCAUUAUCUUUGUUCAUUGAAUCUACAUUUUCUUCCUUCAUGUAUCUACGCAUAUGGUUUUCUUCGUUAUUUCUCACUAGAUUUUGGGAAAUAAAGUGUAAAAUCCUACAAAAUCAAUUUUGUUACAGCAGAUAUACAUAUAUAUCUUUAUUUUAUUUGAAUUAUUAGAACUUAAGAGAAAGAAGGCUGAUGAGGCACUUGGUUUUACACAUUGCAGGGGCAUGUCUCAACCAAUGUCAAGAAUAGUGACCUCAUUAUGUUGUUGUAUAGUUUUCAUUUUGUUUUUUCUUCAUUCAUCUUUUAUGAGCUGCUUAUCUAUUUCUAACAUUUUGGUUAUUACAAUAUAUUUCCAUUAAGUUUAGUUUCUCUUUUAUCAUGGAUGAUGUUAACUAGGUUGAGCUAACAAGUCUUCCUCAUUACCCUGUAGGGCUCCAAGAACUUUUAAUAAUUCUUCAAGAAAAAAACAUGUUUUGUCAAGAACUCUCUAAAUAAUAUUACUUUUUUUAUUGUUCAUAUUGUUCAUAAUGGAGGACGAUAAUACAAAACACUUCCAAAACACAGUGUUGAAACUGCAACAUCAGUGUUUACAGAGGACCUUAUUAUGCAGUUUACACGAGUGUUGGGUUCAUGGUGUUUAUUCAACACCCACUUGUGUUAUUAUACACAUUUUUUUUUGUACACUAUUUGGUGUUAUGUUCAAACUCCAUGUUUUUUUAAAAACCGGGUGGGUGUUUCAUAAAGCUGUUCGUAAGUUAAGAGCGACUUUAAGAAUGACUUGUGAACCUUCCUUCCGCGCUGAAUAAUCACCAGUGAACAUUUAAUGGUGAAUAUCAUUUACCACUAGAAAGGAUCACCAGUCGUUCUUAAAGUCACUCUUAAACAGCUUUAUAAAAAGGCCCCCUGGAGCUUCACCUAAGAAAGCAGACCGAUGGUGUUCUGAGCACCUGUCACACCUUAACAGGAUAAUGUCUGCAGGUGAACAAGGAUUUCUAUGCAAUUUUUGUAUGAGUCCUAUCUGCUAGACUUCUAUUCUAAUUGCAUUGUAUUCCAUGUGACCUGCAUGUCAGAAGUAUGGGUAGCAUGUGAGAGGUUCAGGUCUGCUAGUUUAAAGAUAAAUACCAGUUGUGGUAACAAUCUCAAAAUGAGUUCGAACAGAAUCCAAUAAAAUUACCACCAAAGUGUUUGUAUGUAUAAAUAAAAAAAUAUAUGCCAUAUAACCAAAAGAAAAUGAGUAAUUGCUGAUAAAUGAGCAAAACCAGCUUGGAAGUCCAUCACAUGUCUGGUAUUUUUCGAAGCAAUAUUAAUACACUGUCCCACAUAUGCCUUUCUGUGUUAGUGAUCAUUAGAAUUAUCGAUUUUGAGCCAAGAUUUCAUGAUUUUACAAAGAUAAUAGUGUAGUAGGUUUCACGGUACACCAUGUAUCUUUCUUGGGCAUAUGUUGGUCCUGAAAAGGACCACCCAAUCUCUACUACUACACUAUUCUUCUUCGCCAUGGAAACCUUCAGAAGUUAUAUUACAAAGAUAAGUUUACAUUAAUGUACCAGAUUUCGAGUUAUGAUAUUUUGACAAUUAAUCUUGAUUUUAAAGACUUUCUCACGAAAUAAUUGUUUGCUGCAACUACUGUCUUUUUACCUUGAAGGUGUUACGAGGUACCUCCGUCUUGACUUUGUGUUACCUAAGUGAGAGCUGCUUGGGGGGUAUAGCAGAGGUUCUCACCGAAUGUCAUCAUCUUGACCAGGAGAACUGACCCUCAACCUACUCGCAAAUUGCUCUGACAUACAUAGCUUGCUCAAUGCCUGCAUAAUUGACCUUUUACAUGUAUGUGUUUGUUGUCAGUUGUAUACCAUUCUUUGCCAGUAAAACACUUGUUUAUCUACUCCUGGAAUACCAAUAAGUGAUGUGUCUUGGCUGCGGGUAAGCCAGACUGGCUCGCUCACCUCUCAGCAACCAUGGGUGAGAUACGUGCUAGGUACUCUUAUAUACUUUUCACACUGCACUUUUUGUCCUUGACCCCGGAAAAUUGGUGGGGCUGAGGGGGGUCUUUUCCUGGGGUUAAACAUAGCCCACUUCGUUUUCACACUGGGUUUUAGCAAAGUGGGCUAGCAUGGUAAAUAGUACAGUACUAUCUGGCCCUGCAAAAAAGCAGGAUUAGCCGGCAUAUUGCGGUGCUAAGAGAUGCAGUGUGAAAUGAAACUGGGCUAAGGAAAAGUGGUGCUAAGCAUUGGCCAAAAACAGAAGUCAAAAUUGCACGUUAAUCACGCUCUGUAUGGUAAAAUCAUCAAUUUUCAUAAGCUGUGCGAUAGUCUGGGGUUAAGGCGUUAACCCUGGCUAAGCAAAUAGUAUGGGGUUAAGAAAGACAGUGUGAAACCAAAAAAAGAUAGUAUGGGGUUAAGAAUAGUCUGGGGUUAAGGAUAGUAUGGGGUUAAGGAAAUGCCAUGUGAAAAGCAUAUUAGAUGUAGAGCAUCUGCAGAGACCGUCGGGUAACUCAAGUCACACGCAAUGCUUGCCCAGAAAGAUGCCACGGGGCUUUUCAACACUAGUUUCUACAGCUUGUUGAAGAUUUCUCUGAAGUUUAUCAUUGACAGAUGUUGAACUUGACAAGGUUUAUUUCUUGAUGUUUAUAAGCAUUUCCACUUUAUACAUGUAUAGAAAAAUCUUUUAACCACCCCCCAUCCCCUUCUCCCCUGCUGGUCCCUGGGGCCAUAUAAAAACCUUGUUGAGUUUCUUUCAGCCCUUUGACAUUUGAUAAAAUCAAAUGAAUAAGCUGAAUUUAGGCCAUUUUUUGUUUUUACUUUAGGUUUUGGCUCUUCUAUGCAUAAUUUUUUUUUUUCAAGUUCAAUGUUUUGAAGAGUUUGUCUACACUGACAGGUUGUCAUUUUCUUACAUUCACCAUAGUAGCAUUAAAAAAAUAAAAGAACCUUUUCUGAAAUAUGUAUUUAAAAGCUGAUGUUAUACUCAGUGCAGAGAACAUUCAUGAAUUGAUACCAGGGUCCCCAUAACUUAAAACUAAGCAAAGUGAUCAUACAACACAUUUUGAUUGUUGAAUCCACUGACCAUAAUAAUGUAAAAUCAACUGUUAAGAUUCAUCAUGCAAUGGGGUCUGUGUAUUCUCCAGGCUUAGUUGAUCAGUUCAAAGGAAUAUCUAUCACUCAGGGAUUGAUUGAAUCAUAUUUAAGUUUGUAAUUGUGAAGAAUUUAAUUAGAGUUAAAUAUAAUGUCUUUCUGAUGACUUAAAUCUCUCUUUUUUUGCAUUAUUAUUUUUGGGGGGUUAUUUUAGGACAUAAUACAGAAAUAUCAGUCUUUGAAGUCAUAAUUAUACAAGUUCACAUACUUUGGGGACACUGUUCUUAUGUUGAGAACACAAAACUUUACACUGCAUAUCUACAUGUAGUUCAAUGGGUAGUUCUUAUAGUUUGCUGCAUAUAUUGACUCAGAAUAAAAUGUUUAACCUUGAUAUUUCAUAUUCCUUGUAAAUUUAGCAAGAGAUUAUAAACCCCAUGAUGAAUGGGAUAUAUUUUCAUAAUUUCAAAGUUUUUAUAAUCUCACAUGACAAACCAUGCUUUUCUUAUGACAUUAUUGAAUGAUAAUGUACUGAUAGUAUCAAUGAAAACUAAAAAAAAGCUAUGGUCCAUAUUCUGAAGUCAGGUUUAACUUGGACCAUGGUCUAACUCUGUGCUAAAAUUAUAGGAAGCCAAAAGUUAAAAAUUCUGUAUAUAUUUUAUAUUUCUUAUGUUCACUAUUUUAUUUCUUUUUGCUUUCAUAAUGAAGAAAAAAUACUGCAGUUCUUAUUCCUAGAUAAUUUUGAACAAUUUGGGUGUCAUAUGAGUUGAUAAAUUGGAUGUGUACUGUUAGGGAUUUGUGCCCCAAUUGGCUCUCCAUAGUUAAACCACAACUUUAAACCAGGGUUUAAUUUAAACCCGAGUUCAGAAUGCGGGCCCAUGUGUCUUACAUACAACCUUCCAGGACAAAACAAAAUAAGUCUCUGAAUUUUCUAAAUGGAUUCUUUAGGUAAACAUAAAUGUGAAAAUCGAAAAUCUGUUCUGGCGGGUACCGAAGAUACAUUUUCCCUGUCUUGCCAUCUCACAAUGCAAUAGUAUGUUCCAAUCAGAGAGUAAUGUAUCAUGUUUCUAUUUCACGUUACUCAUACUGAUGUAGGAAUGAUUAAAAAGUGUCAUUAUUACGGUUCUUGACAUCACAACUUUAUUUUUCUUUCUUUUCUAAAUAUUCCCACCAGCAAAAAUAAACUUGCUAGGCUUAAAUCAUUAACAGUACAAUAUUUGUGUUUGUGAAUUGAAGAUUUAUUACUAUGGAAAUUGGUUUCAUGUCAUGUGUGUCACUGUUCCUUAUCUUGCAUUUUGCAUUCAAUUUAUUUGUUUGGAGAUAUUACUACUGUAAUUGCAAUAUCUUGAUUAAUUUGCAAUUUUUUAUGAAACUAAAAGAUUUCAUUUGUGUGAACAGAAGUGUAUUGAAUCAUGAUGAAGAUAUUUUUAUUUUAUUUUCAGUAAUAAUAAAGACAAAGAUUUAUAAA